AAUUUAUUCUUUCUCAUGAUUGUGGCUCUUAAUGUUGUUUUUCUUUGCCUAGACCAUGACAAAAUGUUUAAGAUGAGUGAAAAGAUCUUACUCCUGUGUGUUGGGGAGGCUGGAGACACUGUACAGUUUGCAGAAUACAUCCAGAAAAAUGUUCAGCUCUACAAAAUGAGAAAUGGUUAUGAAUUGUCUCCUACUGCAGCUGCAAACUUUACACGACGAAACCUAGCUGACUAUCUGCGGAGUCGAACCCCUUACCACGUCAACCUUCUCCUGGCUGGCUACGACGACCACGAGGGUCCUGCCCUGUAUUACAUGGAUUACCUUGCAGCUCUGGCUAAAGCUCCUUUCGCAGCACAUGGCUAUGGUGCGUUCCUGACCCUCAGCAUCCUCGACCGCUAUUACAAGCCAAGUAUCACACGUGAGGAAGCUGUGGAGCUCCUAAAAAAAUGUCUAGAGGAGCUUCAGAAACGCUUCAUCCUAAAUCUGACUUCUUUCAACGCCCGGUUCAUUGACAAAGAUGGCAUCCAUGAAGUGGACAAUAUACCCCUUCCAAAAGCGAUGUCCUAACCCCUGAGAUCUUUCUGCAGCAGUCGUCUUUUUUUUUUUUUUUUUUUUGUUCACUUCUGUUUUUUUCUAUUCAUUUGAAGCACACAAGUCAUGUACUGCACUAGGAGACUGAAUAAAGAUUGACAUUUAUAUAGCCA